GAUUCCCGCUGCACAGCGGCUGCAGCUGAGCGAGGGGCACCAUGUCUGGUAGAGGCAAAGGCGGGAAGGGGCUCGGCAAGGGCGGCGCCAAGCGCCACCGCAAGGUGCUGCGCGACAACAUCCAGGGCAUCACCAAGCCGGCCAUCCGCCGCCUGGCUCGGCGCGGCGGCGUCAAGCGCAUCUCGGGGCUCAUCUACGAGGAGACGCGCGGCGUGCUGAAGGUCUUCCUGGAGAACGUCAUCCGCGACGCCGUCACCUACACCGAGCACGCCAAGAGGAAGACCGUCACGGCCAUGGACGUGGUCUACGCCCUCAAGCGCCAGGGACGCACCCUCUACGGCUUUGGCGGCUAAACCACACCUUUUGUUUGUUCCCGGAUCACCUCGAGAAACCGAACCCAAAGGCUCUUCUAAGAGCCACCCACUUUUUCCAUUAAAAGAGCUGUGUUAACUUUUUUACUUGAAAACGGUAACUGAAUUUAAGUGCGUAGUACCAUAACUGGUCCACUCUGGCCUCAAAUCGGGAGGCCUGGAGACACACCAUCUGUAACGCAGCUGUCUCCUUUGAGAACACACGCAGGAUCACCCUCGAGGAAAAAGGGCAACGCAGAAAGAACCGUGUUCUGCAGAAUACACCAUCUAAGGAGUCUUUCUGCUGUGCCUUUUGCAAUCGGAUAUGUCUGUCACGUAUUGGCCUCAUAAGCCACCAGCGUGCCUGUAGCAAAUGUGGAUAGAGCCUUCCCAAAUCUUCGUUCGCGAAGCCUAGCCAUGAUGAUGAUCCAAUUUACUAAGAUUAUUAAUACUAGUGGUGGAAUACCACUGCUGUGCAUUGUGAUUAACCCUGUGCUGUGUAAUGUGUAACUGCUGCUAGCGGGGAAAUUGCUCAUUGCUCUGUAAGAUGCACUUUUCCUUGUGUAUUCCAAACUCUCUUAGAAACGUACCCCAAUAAAAAUCACGUCGAGUGCUAUUUAGUCAAAA